AUGACAUCCGUCCAGGCGUUUGAGAGUCAUAUCUGUGGCGGUGCUAUCAUUACGGAGCACAUUGUGGUGACCGCCGCUCAUUGCUUUCGACCACUUUUUGUUUACUCCAUAAGAAUCGGUUCCAAUCGCUUAAGCGAAGGCCAAAAGAUAUCCGUUUCUCGAAUAGUAAGACAUGAGUUGUACUUCCAGUCCGAGUCUUAUCAUGACAUCGCACUCAUUGUCACUAAAAAUGCCAUAAAACUUGACAAAACAGUAGACAUUAUUUGUAUUCCUGGAUCUGAUAUCAGUACUGAUCAACUGGUGGGCCAAUUGGGAACAGUUAUUGGAUUUGGGGACACAUAUUAUGGCGGUUUCUUAUCGCAAACUUUGAAGCAAAUAAAAGUCGAAAUAGUUUCCAACAAAGACUGCGCGCAAAUGUAUGACAUUGGAGACAAACAUAAUAUACCAAUUGGUAUACAGGAAUGUAUGAUAUGUGGCAGUCCUACUGGAGGAUCAGAUGCCUGUCAGGGAGAUUCAGGAGGGCCGAUGACUAUCACCAUAAGUGGUGUACACCAUCUCAUAGGCAUUGUAUCAUUUGGUCGCAAAUGUGGAACCGUUAGGAUUCCCGGGUCACCGCAGAAGCUCUCAAUCAGUCGGCCGGAGAUCUCAGUGAGUAUGGAGUGGAGGCCUGAGGAGGUCGCCGUCGGACACAACACUUCUCCCAUUCGGAGGAAUGACUCUUCGAUGCAGUGA